AUGACUUUCUACGAUGGCAUUUACCCAUUCUACCCCCUACAAAGAACCUCCUUUAUCUUCAGCACCCACCUCCUCACCAUUAUCCUGGUCUUCCUGGUCCUCACGGUCAGCUUCCUUCUUAUUCUGCCAGGUAUCAGAGGCAAGUCGAGACUAUUCUGGAUGUUCAGAAUCAUCAUCAGUUUAUUCAUAGGCAUUGUGAUAGUGGCACUGAAUUUCACCAGCGACUGGGCUGAGGCCCGAGCCACCACCAACACCACCUACAAGUCCUUCAGCAGUGAGGAGGUGAACGCUGAAGUGGGACUGCACAUAGGACUGUAUGGUAUUAACAUUACUUUAAAAGGGAAUCCUGUGAAUCAACUCAACGAGACCAUCAACUACAACGAGAUGUUUGCGUGGAAAGACACCAUCGAUGAGGAGUACGGGAACGCCUUAGAGAGAGGUCUACCUAACCCCAUCCUCUAUAUCGCUGAGAAGUUUACCCUCAACAACCCCUGUGGCCUCAUCUACCAGUAUAGAUACUCUGGGCGCUACGCCUCGGCCACCCUCUGGACAGCGUUCUGCUGCUGGCUGGUAGCCAACGUGCUGUUCUCCAUGCCUGUCAUCCUGUACGCCGGCUACAUGAUGGUGGCCACCGCCGCUUUCAUCUUCUUCUCCAUGGCCUCCUUCUCCACCAUCAUGAACCUGCCUACCUGUCUGUUCACCAUAGGCACCUCUGGGGCCUUCCAGACAGAGUACAGCGGUUCUUUCUGGCUUGCACUGGCCACGGGUGUGCUGUGUUUAAUCAUUGGAGUCCUGGUGGUUCUGCUGGACUGUCUGAUCCCUGGGAAGAUACGAGACGCCUUCAGUGUCGGGGUGGACAACGACGAAGAUGAGGAUGUUUAUUUUGGAGAGGGAUACCUGAACUCCAACUUCCUGGCAGGAGUAACCACCACACCUUUGACAACCUUAGUGCUUCCUACAGAUGAAAUUCGGAAAGUCAGCCGCCAACCAUCACUCCAGGAGCUGUCAGUCAGACUCUAA